GAGAGAGAGAGAGGGAGAAGGAGGAGUGGAGUCCGCAGAGAGAGGAAGGUGAGAGGCUGGCGGACUUCAGCGGGACAGCUGUGGGGGCUCUGUAGGAGUUUUGGGGAGCACAGAGACAGAACAGUGCUAUUUCAGAGGUUUUAGAGCGCCGGACUCUUAGCUUCGGUUUACUAGCAGGGAACGGGAGAACAGGAUUUGCGAGAGCAAAGUGAGACGAAACGAUAGUUUUGCAAAAGCAUAGUGAGACAAAACCAACGUUUUGCAUGAGAGAAGUGUGACAUAACCACAGUUUUACACGAGAAAGUGGCAGACGCUUGGACCAUGCAGGUGAACAAUGGCCCUGGCCGCCACCCCGUUUUCAUGGCUCCGUCCAACGGAUCUGCAGGCUACACCCCAGGCAGGGUUGCACCUGUUCGGUCUCCGCCUCCUGCCAAAGCCCCGCCCCCUCCGCCUCUGAAGCCCCCAUCCCUUGCCCCUGCACGCCCCGCAGCCUUUCACCUGUCUGAGGCCCAGAGCCGGAGGGAGCAUGCUCAGAACCAGCAGAGGAAGAACACUUACAUCUGCGCCGGAAUCUCCCUCGGGGCGCUCCUCCUCACGCUCAUCCUUGUCCUCAGCCUUACGUCUGGAGACGUCCUGGAUGAGAACUGUCCGGAUCACGACCCGACUUUGAGUAACUGGAACCCGGGACAUGACCUGAAGAAGGCCGUGGUGGUGGGCAGCGGAGAGCGGUUCCGCCUGGUCGCCUCUGCCACACUCCAGUCUCUCACUGUCCAGUCAGGAGGGCUGGUGGUCUUUGCGGACAACAAGGACGGCUCAAAGAACAUAACCCUACGAACGCGCCAUGUUCUCAUUGAGAAUGGGGGUGCCCUCCACAUUGGUGGCCCAAAGUGCCGCUACCGUUCUCGGGCCACCAUCACACUGGUUGGCCGCUCAGAUGACACCUCCAUCGCUGAAGUUCCUGGCUUUGGCCGUAAGUUUGUAGGCGUGAGGGCUGGGGGCACCCUGGAGCUCCAUGGGAUUGAGCGGCCAUCCUGGACCUUCCUAAGCCGCACGGUGCCCGCCUCGGGCCUGGCCACAGGCGGCUAUGCUUUCCAGAAGAACUUUAGCAGGGGCAUCAACCUACGAGUGGUGGACCAGGACAGUGGUGCUGUGCUGUACACUCAGCGCUUUGACACUCAUGAAUCUUACAAUGACAGCCAGAGGCUCGGCCAGCUGCUGCGGACGCUGCCAUCCGGGCGCAUCGUAACACUGGCUAUAGGAGACUCAGCUGUCAAGAGCCUCCUGGACGAGACUAAAAGGACCAUCCAAGAACUUCUGGGCAGCACAUACGUGAACAACCUACAAUACAGGCAGGCGUGGGCCCUAGUGGCAGUGCUGGGCGGAGGAAACGGCUCAUGCACAGAGGACACCCGAGAGCACGAGAACCACGACACGGGCGGCAGGGCGCUCGCUCGCCGAGACUUUGUCACAGUGGAUGGCGUACGCUUCUCUGUUGCGGCCUACAGCGAGUGGAGAAACGGUUUCCCAAUAUCAGGGUUCCAGGUGGACGCAGUGGACCAGGUGGUUCUGAACCUGCAGGAUGACGUCAGCAGCUGGAGAGCUGGUGAGCGGAUCGUGGUGGCCAGUACAGACUACUCAAUGCACCAGGCCGAGGAGUUCACCCUGCUGCCCUGCCCCCACUGCACCAAGAGGCAGGUCAGAAUACAAGGGAAGCCGCAGUUCACUCACAUGGGCGAGAUUGUGGAUGGAGUGGACAUGCGAGCGGAGGUAGCUCUGUUGUCCAGAAACAUCCUGAUCCAGGGAGAGAUGGAGCGCUCCUGCUACGCUAACAACUGGUGCCAGUACUUCAGCCACGACACCUUUGGAGGACACGUCAAGAUCUUGGGUAAUUUCACCUCAGUGCAUCUCUCUCAGGUUGAGCUGAAGCACAUGGGUCAGCAGGCGGUCAAGGGAAGUUACCCCGUCCACUUCCACCUGUGUGGAGACGUUGACCAGCGGGGAGGUUACAACCAACCAGCCUACCUCGAUUCUCUCUCCAUUCAUCACUCUUUCUCUCGCUGCGUCACCAUCCACGCCACUAAUGGCUUGCUGGUACGGGACACCGUUGGCUACGACGCACUGGGUCACUGUUUUUUCCUGGAGGACGGGAUCGAGCAGAGGAAUACGUUCUUCCACAAUCUGGGUUUAGUGACCAAACCAGGCACCAUCCUGCCCACUGACCGCAACGAUACCAUGUGCACAGAGAUACAAGACCGUGUGUACAAGGGCUACAUUCCCUCACCAGCCACUGAGUGCAAAGCUGUGUCUACAUUUUGGAUCGCCAACCCAAACAAUAACCUGAUCAACAACGCAGCAGCAGGUUCACAGGAUGCUGGGAUUUGGUAUAUCUUCCACAAUGCCUCCACAGGGGACACUCAUGGGCUGGUCCCUGAAACGAAAGCAGAACUCACCCCACUGGGUAUUUUCUACAACAACAGAGUCCACUCCAACUUUAAGGCUGGCCUUUUCAUUGACAAAGGAGUCAAGACCACCAACGCCACCUCUACGGACCCUCGCGAAUACCUCUGUCUGGACAACAAUGCCAGGUUCCGCCCCCAUGAGGACUCGGACCCUUCCAAGCCGCGAGUGGCUGCUCUGAUUGAUACCCUCAUCUCCUUCAAGAACAACGACCUGGGCGCCUGGAUUCGUGGAGGUGACAUCAUCAUCCAGAAUUCUGGAUUUGCAGACAACGGCGUCGGUCUGUCGUUCGCCAGUGAUGGCAGUUACCCUAAAGACAUCGGCUCCAGUCAGGAGGUGUCCGAGUCUCUGUUUGUGGGGGAGAGCAAGAAUCGCGGCUUUAACGGAGGGCAGAAUAAAUACUGGGGUGCAGGAGGAGUGGACAACAAGAUGAGGACGCUGCCCCGAAACAAAACGUUCCCCAUCCGUGGCUUUCAGAUUUAUGACGGUCCUGUGCGGCUGCUCCGGAGCACAUUUAAAUCAUACACCUCAACGUCUGAACGCUUCACCAGCGCGGUGGGCUUCAACCUGAAAAACGCCUGGCAGCUCACCCCAAGAAACAACUUGUCCAGCCUCUACUUCCUGCCCAGCGUGACCCUUCGGGCGUUUUUUGGGAGGCCGGGUCAGUGGUUUGAGGACAACGAUCUAGAUGGUGACAAGAACUCAAUUUUCCACGACCUGGACGGUUCGGUGAGCGGUUACCCCGACACGUACGCAGUGAGAGCCGACAACUAUCUGGUCCGCCACCCCGAUUGUGUGAACAUGCCGCAGUGGAACGGAUGUGUGUGCAGCGGCCGCUACGCUCAGGUGUACAUAAAGACUCAGGGUGUGCCCAACCUGAGCCUGUCGAUCACCAGAGACGAGUACCCCGAUAAGCCUUUUGUGCUGAGAGGCAUCAACAGCCAGGGAGCGCUCUCGCAGCAGUACCAGCCCGUUCUGAUGAUGAGCAAGAGCUACACGCUGCACUGGAGCAGAGAGGCGCCCAAAGAGAUCGUCCUGUCGCUCGUCAACUUCGACCUUGGAGACUGGACUCUAUUAGGCCUCUGCUAUCCAUCAGACACGGCCUUCCAGGUGAUAUCGGACUUCUACCAUCGGCAGAACAACGUGUUUGAUGGAAUGGAGGACUACGGCUCCGUCUCCUCUCUGGCCGAGCUGGAAAAACGAGCCAUGGAUAGGAAAUACUUCUUCGACAAAUCUACUGGGCUGCUGUGGCUGUACGCUCGUGCCCGGCACGGCCGCAGCGGUCACAGUUACUGCUCCAUCCGCGGCUGUGAGCGGGUGAAGAUCACGGCCACCACCAGCACCAAACAAACCUGCAACUGCACAGCCGCAGCUUACCCCAAAUACAGCCGGGCUCCCAGCGCCGCCGUGCCCAUGCCCAAACCGGUCCAGUCCUGCAGCCGCUGUGGAGCCUCCAAGCUGGCCUUCUCAAGUGACCCAUCAAUCAGCUACCUCCAGACCCAGAUCAAACCCCUCAGCGUCGCAGAGGAGCAAAAGAACGACACUCAAGCCUUCAUCACUGUGAACAACGUGCAGUUUAGCCUCACCAAGAUUGGCUUCCUCGUGGUUUCCAUAGAUGCCUGCACUGGCAAAGUCACAAAACAUUCAUUUUUUGCCAAGCUGGACUCCAAAAUGGAGCAGUAUUUCAAAGCUGGGAUCCCAGUACGGUCAAUUGUUCUGCUAGCCUCGAGAGGUCAGCCUGAUGGAUUUGCCGGCAUCGCACAAUAUCUGGUCCCCCUGGGAGCAGCUAAAAUGGCGGAUCUGAAGGGGAAAGGAAGUCUCGCCUUCUUCGGCUUCCACAAGUCAUCAUCGGCCCAGCCAUGGGCGUCCCUCCAGGUCGGUCAGGGCGAGGAGGCCGCUGGCCUGCAGGAGAGAUACAUCCCCCUCUCCCUGGAGGAGUACGCCUGCCCUCCGCCCACAGAGGCGCCUGCACGCAAAGAUCUAGAACUGCUGAGGAAAGCCCUGAGUUGAAGGAGUGAACCUUUCCCAAAUGUGAACAAGCAUCAUGAUGGACAACACAUUGAAUGUGAAUUAAUGAACUUAAUUUAUUUAUGGCAAAAAAAGAAAUUUGGGGCUGGGGUAUUUUAUACAGUGUGCGGGUGGAUGUGUUCGUAUGUGAGAGAGAGAGAGAGCAAGAGAAUGUGUACGUUUUGUCUCUCUGUUGUUUGUAUUUUGUCUGAGUCCAUGGCACCGUCUGCUGCACUUUCAGAAAAACUCGAACUUUUAACAGGAAAGAACUGAGCAAGUGGGAGAAUCAAACAGCAAAGUUAGGAAAAGUUAUGAUAAGGAUCCUUAACACUGACAGUAGAGCAGUUAAUCAGCCAAAUCAAACGAGAAAACUAGGAUGAGGAGUUUCCUCAGUGGCUUUAUGCUUUAGUGGGCAGUCUGGUUCAGUUGUAGGUCGCACUGAAUUGAAACUAGAGUUCAUGUCUUUAACUGCACUCGGUGCUGUCUCAGGGCCCUGAUGCACCAAGCCGAAUGUCGGCCAUGGGAAGCCCUCAGGUCGUCGGUUGGCUCUAGUUGCCUCUUGUCAGCGCAGUUUUUGCAAAUUAAAGCUUGUUGAAUCCGCGCUGAAAAUUUCCAGCUGAAAAUGGAGUGGUUUUGAGAUAUUCUGGCCAAAAAAAGCAUAACAUAAACAUAAAAUAGACAUAAGUGAAGUAUCACAAUCAAACACUUAAUACCAUUUAAAUGCUAAUGAAAACGAGAAAUAGUGACUAAAAACACUUUCUUUUCUUCGUUAUCCUGUUCUAGUCAGUACAGAUGUGUUCAAACAGUUUGAGCAGCAGCAGAUCAACAGUGAAACACUCAAACACGGUUCUCUACAGCUGCCUGCUCUACAGUCAUUAAUUUAGCUCUUUAGCACUAACUGAUUUAAUAAAAUUCUUUAAUGGAAAUCUCGUUAAUAAUACUAACUAACUCAUCUUUUGGUAAUAAACUUUUUUACCCCUGGUUUUUAAAGUUGUUACUGUAAUUAUAUGCGUUCAAUAGAUCCUGCUGAGGUUUAUGGCUGUUUCUUUUCUUUAAAUGAUGCACACUAAAGCCAGUUACGUGUUGGAGCACCCCCUGCUGGAGGAACUUCUGACUGCUAGGUGCGCCCCCCAAAGCCAUGUCCAUGCGCUCUACAUACAUAUUAAAAAAAACGUUCGUUCAAAAUUCUAAAUGAAAUGGUAAAUUGGCAAGUUUUCGGUUUCUGUUUUCGGCUGAGCAUGUCCGAAUUUUGUUUUCCAUCAAGAAUUUUUAUUUUGGUGCAGCAGCAAUGUUUUUUUCACUAGGGAUGGGCAUUAUAACAUCUUUUGCUAUGUGAAUGCCUGAUUUUUUUAAACCAACAGUGUUUGAAUAUUAUAUUCCCAAUGAGGAAAUCUGUAAUAUUGUUAUAUAAAUUAGGGAUGCACCUAUAAGAAUUCUCAUAUUUUUCAUGGACAUAGGCAUAGAGGUCUGCUACCUGACCCAAGCCCUGACAGAACAUAGUUUUGGGCUGGGUUUGGGCCAGUUUUUUACAUGAAUUGGGCUCUAGCUUGUUUUCUAAUUAGUGAGUGUUUUGGUAGAUUUCACACACACUGAAUUUUGUGCAUUUUUGCAUCAGUAGUAAGAGGAACUUUAGCACAGCAGAACUACUGUUAACAGUUUAUCAAAGUAGGGUAGAUGCUGCUCUCUGCCACAUACAAUCAGCAGUUCCACCAAAAUAUGCUGAUAAUAAAUACUGCUUGUGUGUAAGAUUGUUUCGUCGCUCAACUCAAGGACUUAGCAACAAAGUAAAGGUCUGUAAAGCCACGUCUGUGAUGGUCCAUCUCUAUUAGCGCAUGCAAGUGGGUUUGGGUGGGGGUUGAGCUUCAAUUUCAUGCUAAUACUGAAGCUGAUAGGACUACAUCCCACUGGAUUAGCACUACAGGGAAAUAUAACAUUUACUUCUGUAGGAUUACCUAAGGAAUCACUGAAACAUUCUGCUUUUCCAGAGUACAACAAAUACAUCAAAUAUCAGUUUGAAAUAUUGUCUAGCAUAUGAGAAAGCUUGUAACGUUGACUUAAAAAAAAAUAAAUAAAUAAAUUGUCAAAUAGUUAUGAAUAUACACCAACCGCUUAAUGUACAAACGUUCUUACGCUCACUUUCGAAAACUGUAUUUAUCAUAAACAUGGACAUUUGAAGCGUGUAAGACAUUUAAACAAUAUAUCACUUUCAAACUUUGCAGUUUUACGUUUUUCCUGCUAUGCAGAGUCGUGUUAAGUUCCAAUUUUGACAAGAGAGGCAACGCUGAGCUAGCAUCGACCAUAGUUGCCGCUGGUUCUUUCUCAGCUUGGUGUGUCUGGGCCCUUUAAGAAAUAAUUUGGUGAAAAUUCUUACACGAUUUUCCUGACUUACCUCAGAUGUAGCUAGUCAGCUAACAUACUGUUACCUGUAAAAACAGCUAGCACAGCUAACAGCAGUAGUGACUGUUUUGAAGCCAUACAUUUGUCCAUUUUUGGAGAUAACAGUGUCAUACAGUGCCACAAACCACUUCAGCAAGUCUAGUAGAGAUUACUCGACACCUCAGUGUGGUUUGAAGCAAGUGUCUGAUGAUUUGUGCCAUGCUAAUUGUGGCUACUAGCUUCCAUAACGUGUUAGCUGCAUUAGCCAGUGCUAAAACCAAGGAAGCAAACUUCAGACACCAAACAUGUCUUGGCUAAUGGCCUUCAUUUGUGGUAAGGAUUAGAUUUUUCUCUGAGCUGUUUCUAUAAGCUGACCCCAAAGUUAGCUUACUAAUGCUAGCGUUUUGUACUCCUCCCUGGAGCUUCUGAAGCCAUUACUGGACUUGAUACCUCUACAGCGUUUAAGUGUGAGAUCCUUAGGCUAAAUGAAUCAUCUGUCCUCUUUUACAUAUUUAAUACUUCUUUUUCAUGGUGUCCAUUUCAUGUUAGAGAUCUAGCAUUGCUAACAUCCAUAAACCCAUGGCUGCUUACACUCAUUUAAACUCACUUUGUACUGUUUCAUAGCGUUAAGCGUAUGCCGGAUCAUAAGCAUCUAUCUAAGUGUUUUUUAUGGAAUUUUCUACAUUUUCUACAGUGCAAAACUCAACGCGGCUGUUUUCUUUAUGUCCACAAUGCAGGUUUUUGACUAGAAUGCCACUUACAACAAAUGCCUCUUGUGAUGUGUACAUACGACACUGGGGGGCAAAAAGUUGUGCCAAAGGUGGAAGUAAUAAGUCAUUUUUUGGCCGUAGACCCUUAAUUAGCAGCUUUGUUGCCAACACAGUUGAAUGGAUGGUUCUGAUAUACUUUAUGGGUUAAACGAAAUGCCAAAUUGUGUGUUCUCUUGAAAGGGGAAUUCCACCAGCUUUUCAAAAUUCCAGCAUAAUUCGUGCGCUGAGAUGUUCAAAGUCAUUCAGAUUGGUUUGAUGUGAAGUGGUUCAUUGUAGAGAAACUUACCAAUAGAUUUCUUUACAGUGGUGGUGAUAGGAACCAGGUGUUGCAACAUCUACAACACAAAUGUAGCCAUUUUAUUGGUAAAAUAGUGGUACAUUUGAAAAAAUACAUUUUCUUUAAGGAAUAUUUCACCUCACAAUGCCUUCCAUGUAGCCUUAGGCUUAGAAUAUAUUUAAGAAAAUUAGGUUUCAGUCCAUAACUCAUAAAACAAUGUUUCGGGCAUCACAUUCGUAAGUUUUUCAUGUAAUAUGACCACCACUGUGAACAAUUCCAUUACUCUAUAACAGAACUGAUUUCCCAUCAGACCACUCUGAGUGAGUUUGUUCACAUCUUAAUUGAAUUUUGCAGAAAUGUUAAAUCAAAAAUCAGUGGAAUUUUCCAUUUAAAGACUUGUUGAAUGAUGGUAAAUUGCCUUUUUGUUAACCACUGUAUUGUAAAAAGAGAGAUUUAUCGUAGACAAUGUUGAAGUCAGAUUGUGUUGGCUGUAUGGUGGGGAGUGUCGCAAGAUGUAAAAGGGCUUGUUACCAAUAUACAAGUGCCUUUCUACCUUUUUAUAUUUGUUCAAUUAGUAAUUUUCUGUUUUCCUUAGUAAAGCUUUUGUGCUGAGAUUUGAUAUUCUGUUCAUUUUGAGUGAUAAAACAUUUAUACUUUGUGAUAA